ACAGAAACAUUCAUGAAGGAAGGGGAGAUAGCUGCAGUGUGUAGGGAAUGCCAUAAGGCCUUGCAAUUUCUUCAUUGCAUGAACAUUAUCCAUUAGAUAUUAAAAGUGACAAUGUGCUACUUGGCUUGGCAUGAUUGGGGCAGUCAAGCUCACAUAUUUUGGCUUUUGUGCCCAUCUUAAUGGGGAUAAAGGCAAGAGAGACACAGUGUUUGGGACACCUUACUGGGUGCCAACUGAGGUUGUUUCUAUUGUUUUUGUUUACAUGUGAAAUAAACUUUAUAUUUUAACUGAUAUCGCUUUUAGAAAUAUUUUUGUCAAUUACAGAAAACAGUAUGGUAAGAAGGUGGAUAUCUGGAGUCUUGGAAUUAUGAUAAUUGAGAUGCUAGAAGGUGAACCACUUAACACAAACGAAACACCUUUAAAAGCCACUGUAUCACUAAAAAGGUGGGUAUUAAGGUUUUAAAAGAUUUACAAAUUAAUCCUCCAGGAUAAUCUCUUAUCUGAUUUGGUAAAAGUGGUGAAAUUCUAAUGUUCCAGAAUAAUUUGUAAGGCAGCAUAAUUAAGUUUUUAAUAUACCAGAGAGAGGAGAUACAUUUUUUUACAAAGAAUUGAGUUCUGAACAGUUUGAGCUACAAUAAAUAGUAUUAGUAUUUAUGUACAAUUAUCAAUGUCUUUGUUUUAGUACAGUAAUUGAUAUUUUGGUAAGAAAAAAAUGCACAAGAUUUAUCUUGGCAAAGAAAAAAAAGGGUGCAUGAAUUUAAAUGUGUAAAUAUUUUCCAUUCACAGGGUAAACCAGAAAUCAAGGAUGAAUAAAAACUAUCAAAGGAGCCCAAAGAUUUGAUAGACAAGUACUUGGAAGUUGAAGAAGACGCCAGUGCAGCAAAGCCUUUAGAACAUCCAUUUUUGGAAAAGUCUAUGGCUUUAGCUACUCUCAGACCUUUAACAGCAGCUGCUCGCAACUCUAUG